UUGCAGCGGUAUUGCCGAUUCACACGGUGCCAUCUGUCGCUGCAACCAAGGUGGGCGUGUAGUCUACGCCAAGCAUUUUGUGGAGGACUAUGCUCUAGAGCGGAUUCUCGAAGGAACACUUCUGUUGAACCCGAUGGAAUGUUAUGCUAACAACUUCGUGCUGUUGCCAGCCUUUAGUAUGGUUACGAUGGUUAUGACUGACCGGCAGGACGCUGUGAGGGCAAUGGAGGACAUAGCGUACGGUACUACAGCCGCUAUUGGCACUCAGGAAAGCACGGAAAGUUUCCAUUUUAUGUCGGCCCGAGCGAUAAAUACCACAGUGUCGGAUGCCAGUGCUGCCCUGACCAAAGAGCUUGAAGUGCGCUAUGUUGACUGUGUGGUUGGAGUUCUCCCCAAAUAUCUGCUGAGCAUGAAAGAAAUCACAUUCAUUGACCCGGUGCCUCUGCAGCCACGAGUAAGCAGGUUUCGCCGGCACGUGAUUCACCUUGCACCGACGCUGGAGCAGGAGUUCUUUGUGGUUGCGCAGUACCUCGCCAACACUACUGACGCCAAAUUCCACGCUGUGAUCCGCAGCGAUGAAGCAGCCGCAAUAGCGGAUGUGUUGCGGCGGUCGCUUGUGACGUUUGGCGGGUCGCUGCUGUCGUCCGCGCUGCUGGGUGGCGGUGACGCGCUGGAGAGCCACCUGCCUCGCGAUGGCGAUGUGUUCGUCGUGGGCCUCGCUGCUGCCGAUGU